AUGCCGUAUCAGGCUUACAGUCUUGUGAAGUUCCAUGAACAAGGCCUAUGGCAGUGUGCAGUCCUCAGUUCUUCAUGGAUUGAGGGUAACUAUGCUACAUGGCCAAAAGUUCACUCAAAGAACCUUUAUAAGGCCGUUCGCGUUCAUUUGGAGCUGCCAACUGGAUCAAUGAAGCUGAAUUGCGAAGUCAUUCGGACUUACGGUUGGUGUCAUUUAGGCCGCAUUAACUUUUCAGAUGAUUUCAAAAAGGACCGCGAACAUGGGAAGUUCCAGUACACAUCGGACCGAGACUUCGGAUGUAACCAUUGA